CACAAUCAAUCACUUCUUCUUCAUCUUUCCUCAAAAAUAAAAACAUUUUCUCCAAUUUUUUCUUCUUUAAUAAUUUGGAGAAAAUAGUCGUAGCCAAGACUGAACAUUAUCCGGUGAAGAAUGGCGACUCCGGCAUGGAGUCAUGCCAAGGCUCAAUGGGUAGUGGCCAUGUUGGCGUUACUCGUUGGCUCGGCUAUGGCUACCGAACCUUAUUACUAUAGUUCUCCUCCACCACCGUACGAGUAUAAAUCUCCACCUCCUCCACCUCCUUAUGAAUAUAAAUCACCACCACCUCCAGUUAAGUCUCCUCCACCACCGUAUUACUAUCAUUCACCGCCGCCGCCAGUGAAAUCCCCUCCCCCUCCUUAUGUUUACAGCUCUCCUCCUCCUCCGGUGAAGUCUCCUCCACCACCGUAUUACUACCAUUCUCCACCUCCUCCGGUGAAGUCUCCUCCACCACCAUGUUAUGACUGGACUCACCCCAAAAAGUCUCAUGAUAAGAAGCAUCUCCAAGGUGCUGUUGUGGAAGUGACUUGUAAGGCCGGUGACAAGACGGUUAAGGCAUAUGGAAAGACCAAGAACAACGGUAAAUACGCAAUCACCGUUAAAGGAUACAACUACCUUAAAUACGGUGGCGAAGUCUGUACGGCCAAGCUUCACGCGCCGCCUAAGGGCUCGCCAUGUAACAUUCCGACAGAUUACCAUUGGGGUAACAAGGGUGCUAAACUUCAUGUGAAAUCUAAGACAAAGUACGAGGUUGUGCUUUAUGCUAAGUCCUUUGCUUAUGCACCAAAGAAGCCUUACGGAGAAUGCCACAAACCGGCUCCUUAUCAUCCUCCUUACUACUACAAGUCUCCACCACCACCAUCUCCGAUCCACGAUCCGAUUCUGGUCAAAUUUUACAUUUCUGCAGAUACUCUUGUUCCUGGAACACAUACGAAGAUGAAGAAAGUCUUCGGCCAAACUGUCAGAGACCUUAAGAGAGAGGUCAACAAGAAAGUGCUCAAAGUUCCUGGAGUUGAACAGAAGGUUCUAGAUGCUACUAGCAAUGAGCCAUGGGGUCCACAUGGAUCACUUCUUGCUGAUCUUGCGCAAGCUUCAAGAAAUUAUCAUGAAUACCAGCUGAUCAUGGUGGUCAUAUGGAAACGCCUUAGCGACACCGGGAAAAACUGGCGGCAUGUCUAUAAGGCUUUGACAGUUUUGGAGUACAUGGUAGGUCAUGGAUCAGAACGUGUUAUAGACGAGAUUAGAGAACGUGCAUAUCAAAUUUCGACAUUGUCCGAUUUUCAGUAUAUUGAUUCCGGUGGUAGAGAUCAAGGAAGCAAUGUUAGGAAGAAAUCACAGAGCCUGGUGGCGUUGGUGAAUGACAAGGAAAGAAUAGCUGAGGUCAGACAGAAGGCUUCUGCUAACAGAGAUAAGUAUCGCAGCUCAGCACCAGGUGGGAUGUAUAAGCCUUCAGGCGGAUAUGGGGAUAAAUAUGAUUACGGAAGCCGGGAUGAAGAGCGAAGUAGCUAUGGAAGAGAAAGAGAAUAUGGUUACAGAGAUGAUGAUAGAAAUAGUCGUGAUGGAGAUCGUCAUUCCAGAGACUCUGAAGACCGGUAUGGGAGAGAUGGUAAUAGGGAUGAUGAUUACAGGGGAAGGAGCAGAAGUGUUGAUAACUACCAAUAUGGGUCACGAGGUAGGAGUUCGGAAAGGGAGCGGGAGGAUGAUGGCCAUUCUUCAUCACGGGGCAGUGGUGCUCGAGCUGAUGAUAAUUCUCAGGAUGGGAGAGGGGGGCUCCAGAGGAAGUUUUCUGAACAAAAUAUUGGCGCUCCACCCAGUUACGAAGAAGCUGUCAGUGAAUCACGCAGCCCUGUAUAUAGUGAAAGGGAUGGUGGGGAGACCCCUCAAGUUACUGCUCCAGGAGCUGCUUCUCCUCCUCCCCCACAAGUUGCUGCUGCUCCUCCGCCAACUGGAACCAACACAGACAAUAAAGCUGCUACUUUUGUUAAUGAAUCACCUUCUCAGAAAGUUGAGACUUUCGAUGAAUUUGAUCCACGCAGUGCGUUUUCAGCUGGCCCUCCAGCAUAUGCAUCUACAGAUGGUGUUACAGCUCCUCCAACUGUGACUUCUAUGUCUGCCCCUCCCACCUCAAACAGUGUUGAGAUGGACUUGCUUGGCUCCCUUGCAGACGUAUUUUCAUCAAACGCAUUGGCCAUUGUACCAGCUGAUUCUACCUAUGUUGAAACCAAUGGACAAGCAAACGCUGGUCCAGCUCCAUCGUUUUCUACAUCUCAGCCAUCAACUCAGUCAUUUGAUGACCCGUUUGGUGACUCUCCUUUCAAAGCCUUCACUUCUACUGACACCGACUCGAUCCCACAGCAGAAUUUUGGAGCUUCUUUCCAGCCACCACCUCCAGCCUUCACUUCAGAGGUCUCACAUCCUGAUACUGCUCAUAACUUCGGCUUUGGAGACUCAUUUUCCGCCGUUGCCAAUCCUGAUCCUGCUUCUCAGAAUGUGCAACCUCCAUCGAACUCACCAGGUUUUCCUCAAGAGCAGUUUGCUACAUCUCAGAGUGGUAUAGAUGUUCUUGCUGGCAUUCUUCCACCAUCUGGACCUCCAGUACAAUCGGGUCCUUCAAUACCAACAUCUCAGUUUCCUCCCAGUGGAAACAACAUGUACGAGGGCUUUCAUUCUCAGCCGCCGGUAUCUACAGCUCCAAACAUGCCCGGACAAACUCCAUUUGGACAAGCUGUUCAACCAUAUAACAUGGUUCCUCAUUCUCAAAAUAUGACUGGAGCCAUGCCAUUUAACAGUGGAGGCUUCAUGCACCAGCCGGGCUCACAAACUCCUUACUCUAACCCAAGUGGACCAGCUGGUCAGUUCAUAGCACACCAAGGUCAUGGAAUGCCACCUUCCCAUGGUCCACAACGAACUCAAUCCGGGCCUGUUACUCUGCAAGGGAACAACAAUGUCAUGGGAGACAUGUUUUCACAAGCUGCGCCGAACUCCUUGACGUCAUCAUCAUCUCAUCCAGAUCUCACGCCUUUAACAGGAGCAAUUGAGAUUGUUCGCCCGCCUCAGAAAAAGUUUGAGCCAAAAUCAUCAGUCUGGGCAGACACGUUGAGCAGGGGGCUUGUUAACUUUAACAUAUCUGGAUCUAAAACAAAUCCAUUGGCAGACAUAGGAGUUGACUUCGAGGCGAUCAACAGGAGAGAGAAACGGCUGGAGAAACCAACAAACACACCAGCAACAUCGACUAUCAACAUGGGUAAAGCUAUGGGAUCAGGCACUGGCUUAGGGCGUUCUGGUGCAACUGCUAUGAGGCCUCCACCUAAUCCAAUGACAGGCUCCGGCAUGCCCAUGGGCGGAGGAAUGGGUGUUGGUAGCUAUGGAGUUAUGAACCAAAACCAACCCAUGGGUAUGGGUAUGGGGGCUGGAAUGAACCAACACCAACCAAUGGGUAUGGGAAUGGGACCCGGCAUGAACAUGAACAUGGGAGGAUAUGGCCAAGGCUAUCCGAUGCAACCACAAAACCCAGGGAUGGUCCCUGGCCCAAACAUGUCUGGCAACAACUACAAUCCCAUGAUGGGUCAAGGUGGUUACAACCCUCAACAAUCCUACGGUGGUGGAUACCGGUAAGAUCAAGCCAAGCAUUACGCACUUGACUUCAUUUGUAUAAUCAAGAAUCCGCUCGUCUGUGCUUUUCCUUUACUCUGGGAUAUGUAAUAUCAGUCGAUAAAAGUAGACAGAUUGG